AUGGAGGAUUUUCGAGAGGAAAGAAUAUUGUUAGAGCCAGUGAGUCCAACAGGGGAGUUCUUGAACAACUCAGUGUUAUCAGUUUCAAUUCUUGCUGUUUUGGAAAUUGAGAUUCCCAUUACUAUUGAUAUUUCGCAAGCUAUGUCUUUGACUAUAAACGACAAGAUUUGUGGAAUAAUAAUCUUUGGCGCUCAAAAAUACAUGCAAGAGAUUAACGAAGAAUCAGCAAACUCGAAUUGCACAGCAAUUGUGUUGCUGAAUACAAGGAUGCUUAUGGAUUAUGCUUCUGUUAAUGAGAUUAUGAAACCUGAGUUCAAGACGCCAUGGGGAAAUCAAUUUGCUUUUUUGCAUAUACCAAUUCCCAAAUUUGGAAAUGAUCAAUUUUCAAAUCCAUUGGAUAUUGUUCGGUAUGCCCAAAAAGUAAUCGGGAGAAAGAGAAAAUCUUUAUCUGUUUACCUCAACGGCAGGCUAUUGGAGAUGGUGAAGAAAUUGAAAGGCUAUGAGGCAGCAGCAGAGGUCAUGUACAACACGGUGACAAAUGCAAGCAUGGUUAUCUCAAAUAUGAUUGGUCCGGUGGAACAUAUGGCUUUGGCUAAUCAUCCUUUAAGGACUGAUAUUAUUCCUUGGACGGGACACCCGAGGUACAUAAAUUGA